AUGCCUGAAAUGGCAACUUCCUUCACACUGACCUCCAAGCGGCCCCUCUCACCCACCUCCUGGACCCGGUCGGAGCGCGACGGCUGCCCGCGCUCCCUGACGCCCGGCGAGUUCGAGUUCCCACACUACAUCACGCAGAUCUCGGCGGCGCACCCGGACACGGCGUAUGGCCCGUCGUACUUUGGCAAGUUCACGCCCAACGACGUGUCGAGCAUCUUCUCGUUCGACAUCCCGGCGUCGCGUGCCGACGCCAACUGCACCCUCGAGUUCCUGUUCCCGCGCCAGGACCAGCUGCGCACCUCGAGCUUCACGUACAGCGGCGGCGGCAGCUUCUUCUUCACCGGCUACGACAUCGGCAGCUGCCCCGGCCCGGACACCACGUUCAACAACCAGCCCCGGCCGGGCCCGUUUCCGCCGUUUCCGCCGGUGCACAUGGAGCCCGGCUUCGCGUACACGAUCGACAUUGGGCCAUGUUAUGUCAGUGCUGGGACUUGUGUUAGUGGACUCACGAGCACAAAUGAUUCGUACUUUGAAUUCUUCCAGGACUAUGACGAGUGUCCCAUUGGCGUUUAUACAUCCUACAGCUACGGAUUACCUUGCGAACCGCCAUUUUGCUAG